GCAGCUACCAUGUGGAUGCCCUUUGCUCUGAGUUGUCUGCUUCUCGCCUUCGCUGCGGACUGGACGCCAGCACUGAAGAUUGCACCGUGUACCAAUUCAGCUUAUCCGGAUUGCUUUGCUUACUGCAAGUACAAUUGCCAGGAGCGUGGCAGAAGUUGUCUCUAUCAUUGCGAGAAUGGCUGCGGCUGCGAUGAAUCGAGUAUGAUAAUGCGAAAUAACGGAGGUUGCUAUCAGCUGAUGCAGUGUUUGUUCGAAGAAGACUCCGCGGAGGAAACGAGUCCGAUGCCAGAUCCCGAGAAGCCAAAAAUUGUGGAGAUGCGAUAUAUGGGACCACCAUCUAUGGUGGUGACCUGUUAUAAAGUUUUAUUUGUUACAAUUUGUAGAAGGGGUUAAUAUAAUAGUUUGUCGAUUUUUACUUUCAUUUAGAAAGAAGGUAAACUAUAUUUAUAUUACUUAAUAAUACAUAAUACGAGUAUGAAUGUAUAUUAGUUAUAAACGAAAUUGGCUAAUAUGCAGUUGAAAAAUUAACAAGUUAGAAAGCUGUAACCGAAUGUGUCUGUUCUUUCUUCCAAAAAAAUACCAAAAUCAUAUGCCGCAAAAAUAAAAAAAUUUACCAAGGGCUUUAUUAGCCAAAGCAACAACGACUACGUAGAAAGAAAGCGUUUUUUUCCCAUACAAAAGUUUUUCUUAAACAACUUCUAGAAUUUUUAUGUGCUCGCAACCAAAUUUUAUAUUUCUAAUG